GGGCACGCGGCGUCGGUGUCAUGGCCGCCUCCAUGCUGGGCUCGGCGUGGGGCCCGCAACGGCUUGGCCUCCCGGGCCUGUGCCGCCGCCGGCAGCCCCGCGGCUUGUGGGCCCGCGCACGGCGGCUGCCGGGGUCCGAGGGGUCAGGGCGAAGCGUGGCCGCGGCGAGCGGAUCGGGUGCCUCGGGCACGGACCGCUACUGCAUGGAACUGUUGCGGAAACGAGAUUAUGAAGGCUAUUUAUGUUCCCUGCUAUUCCCUGCAGAAUCCAGAAGCUCUGCCUUUGCACUGAGAGCCUUCAAUGUGGAACUGGCUCAGGUUAAGGACUCAGUCUCUGAGAAAACAAUUGGACUGAUGCGAAUGCAGUUUUGGAAAAAAACCGUGGAUGAUAUAUACUGUGACAGUCCACCACAUCAGCCUGUGGCCAUUGAACUAUGGAAGGCUGUCAAAAGACAUAAUCUGACUAAAAGAUGGCUUAUGAAAAUCAUUGAUGAAAGAGAAAAAAAUUUGGAUGACAAAGCAUAUCGUAAUAUCCAGGAACUGGAAAAUUAUGCUGAAAACACACAAAGCUCUCUUCUUUAUUUAACACUAGAAAUAUUGGGUGUAAAGGAUCUUCAUGCAGAUCAUGCUGCGAGUCAUAUUGGAAAAGCACAAGGCAUUGUCACUUGCUUGAGAGCAACGCCCUAUCAUGGUAGCCGAAGAAGGGUCUUCCUUCCCAUGGAUAUUUGUAUGCUGCAUGGUGUUUCCCAAGAGGAUUUUCUGCGGAAAAGCCAAGAUAAAAGUGUGAGAGAUGUUGUGUAUGACAUUGCCAGCCAGGCACACCUGCACCUAAAGCAUGCUAGGUCCUUCCACAAAAGCGUUCCUGCGAAAGCAUUUCCUGCUUUUCUUCAGACAGUUGCUCUGGAGGACUAUUUAAAGAAAAUUCAACAAGUGGAUUUUGAUAUAUUCCACCCAUCUUUACAGCAGAAGAAUACGUUACUUCCGUUAUCUUUGUAUAUUCAGUCAUGGAGAAAAAGAUAUUAAAAUAAUUUCCAGCA